AUGGUCUGCGAGGUCCUCACACGCGAGACGACACAGCUGCAGGCCCAUAUGCAGCCGCAGUCGUUUGGAAUGCUGCUUGCCCCACGUUCGACGCUGCGUCCCCCGCGUUCGCCUGAUCUCGCCUGCUAUCCCCGCUGUCAGUCGCGGCCCCCAGCGCUCGCUCUCGCACGUCCCUCGCUCUCGCACGUCCCUCGCUCUCGCACGUCCCUCGCUCUCGCACGUCCCUCACUCUCGCACGUCCCUGCCCAAGCCCACGCCGACGUCCACCCAAUCCUCGCUUGCCUCCGUCACCUCUCUAUCCCUGCGCUUCUACACGCCUAG